UCAGCCUGUUCUGCCUCCUGUUUUGGGAUCAAGACAAGAGUUCGUAUCUGUGACAAGCCUGCUCCAGCUUACGGUGGGUUCAUGUGCAGUGGACCUACGGAGCAAAGCACAAACUGUGGGAAUGGUGACUGUGCAGUCAUUGGGAUUUGGUCUUCGUGGACAUCAUGGAUGCCCUGCCCUGUCACAUGUGGUAUGAGCCUAGUGAAACGCUCCCGAGUUUGCAAAGAGCUUUUUCCUGGGAAUGGUGUGGCUGAUUGUGUUGGUAGUAAUCAAGAGGAAAGAUCCUGUGGCUUUCCGGUUGAUUACUGCAAAUAUCUGCCUCAACCUCCAGAUUCUAUCAUGACAGGAAGGUGGAUCUAACAGUGUGAGCCAUGUUGAGGUGUUCUUCCCCCUGUAUUUCACAUACCUCAAGUAUGCAGCACUGUGCUGGCACCAGCACUCCUCCACUUUUUGUACAUGUUUGUAUUCUUGUUUAUAUGUUAAAUGCUCUCAGUCUUAAACUGAUAUUGCACCU